AUGGAACGAGGAUUUGACAGCGAGUAUUUCGAUCAAGGUUUGGCCGCAUAUUUCUCUGGUCAAGUUAAUCCCGAUCUGCUACAGGUCGGCUUCGCUGAGAAUGAGGCAAGCCCUGCUGUCAAGGCAGAGCCCUCAUCACCGGAUACCAUGGCGGUACCUGAAUCACCUCGAUCUCCGUCGCUUUACGACAUUCAACCCUUCUACGCCGCACCCGUCAUCACCCCGCCACAACCGGCGCCUGAAGAGAUGGAGCGGCCAAUCCCGUCUCGCCAGCCUUCACCUCGAACCAGCCCCCAGCGAAACCCCCUCAGAAGUCCCCUCAACGGUCGCGGCACCCGCCGCAAUCUUCAGUUCUUCAUUAACCGCGGUAGCCAGCGACGCGCGAUUGGUCAGGCUCAAUUAUCCCGUCGACAUCGAAUGCAAGAGCAGCAAUUCGAGCUGCGGCGGCAUCAGCGUCAUGUAAACGAGCUCCAACGACAGCAUGAGCAGCGCCUGCAAGACGAGGAGAACGCGCCUUGCAACAGCAUGCCUGUGUCGCGGAAGCGUAGGUACCAUGGUGCGCCGCGGUAUAUUGAGAGAUUCAGCUUUCGAGAUGAAGAGGAACGUGGUCGUCUGAGCCCAUAUGACUUCUACUAA